AUGGAGUCCCACUCCAGAGCUGAGCCCCUGUUUCUCUCGUGCUGUCAGGUGGUUGCCUCAGCCCUGGGUGACAGCAGCCGCGCACAUUCUGCCCUGCGGGCACUGUGGGCUCUGCACCGCACGAUCCACCCUGCUGUUGGAGAGCAGUGGAGGGUCCAGAUUCCCAUCCUGCUCUCGACUAUUGAAGGAAAUCCUGAGACCUCCCAGGACAAUGUGUGGUGGGAGCACCUGCUGCUGAAGUUCCUGAACGUGACACUGAAGAGCAUUGAUGACGAUGCCUGGAGCAGCCGGCUGAGCCUGGAGCUGCAGCACCAGACAGCCAGUUAUGCCUGCUCCUCCCCGGAGAAGAGUUUCCUAUAUAAGGCACUUGGUACCACCUUGGCCUCUUGCCAGGAUGUUGCCCAUGUGAAAUCCCAGCUCCAGAAAUCUCUGAAGGGCACAGAUUACAUGAACGCUGCUGAGAGAGAGCACGUUGUGACCAUCCUGGCAUUCUCAGCCGAGGGCCACCUGGACCUCGCCCUGGGCACGCUGGAGGACUUUGGUGCGGCUCUGAGUAAAGUGCAGGUGUCUGGGAUAGUCGGCCGCCUGCAGGACUAUCACCAAGGGAAAAGAGCCAGGACCCACAGGGCCUUGAUACUGGCCUACAGCCGAAUUGCUGUCCAUGCCCCCCGAACACAGCUGCUCCCCCGCGUGGAGCAUGAUAUCACCAGGAAGGUCCUGCAGUAUUACAUGACCAGCUGCCAGGUGCUUGGCAUCAACUUUGUCAAUAAGGACCCGGACUUAAAGCUGACCCUCAUCCGGUCGGUCACUGAGAUCAGCCGUGCCAUCCAGGACGCAGACGACUCCCAGAGCUUCCAGUUUGCUUACAAAGAGGAGCUCCUGGGGUACUUGCUGGACUUCAUGAAAGAGGAACCAAUGGAUUCCUUGGCCUCUCCUGUUCGCCUCAGGGCCAUGCUUGCCAUUAAGCACCUGAGCAAGGUGAAACCCUCGCUAAAUCGGGAUGAAAACAGAAACAUCCUGGAUGACUGCUUAAAAUGCCUGCUGCCUCUUCCAGCUGUUCAGCAGCUGAGGGAAGAGGGUGAGACCUCUCAGGACUCUGUCCAAGUACAGGCACUGCACGAGUUGUCCAUGCAGGCCUUGGGCGAGCUCAUGAGGGGCCUCCUUGAAGAAGACCCCACUGAGAAUUGGUUCAUGGAAAUGUUCCAUCUGCUUGAGCCGUGGAUCUUCUCUGACAAGGAGUGGGAGAGAGAGAGGGCCUUGCAGGCCAGCUCCCAGCUCCUUGUUGCCUAUCAGGAGACAGUCUAUUGCAGACUACAAGAGCCUUUGGAGCAGUUUGGGUCCCUGCUGGGGCUGCUGGCACCAUACACUUGCACCUCUCUUGCUGCAUCCCGCCUGUGGGCCGCCGACUGCAUUUUCUGCCUUCUGCAGCUACAAGGCCAGGCCAGGACAAUGGAUGCAGCAG